UAUAAUGAUUAAAUAUUAAAAUUUACUUAAUUAAUUAUUUUAAUUUAAUAAUAUAAUUAUGAUGAAAUUAAAUCCAGUAAUUAAUAUUUACAGCAAAAACAAAAGAGAGAGAGAGAGAGAAAAGCCAUGGCCAUAUGCAUGGAGAGAAAAGAAGAAGAAGAAGAAGAAAGCCAAAUAGGGUUUAUGAGGUCGGACCAGAUAUAUAUGAAGAUGAAGAAGAAAGAUAAUAACUAUGAAAAUAGUAAUAAUGGCGAUCGAUUGACUUGGUUGCCAUUGCCAAUGGCCGGUUCAUUAUUCCUUCUAGAUAAACUUAAUUAUACGAUGCAACCUAUGUAAUUAUUAUUAUUAUUAUUAUUCCAAAUUAUAUGCAUGGGAGAUGAAAACGAGGCCUUAAAUACAUACUUACAUACAUAUAUAUACUUUUCUAACUCACAUUAUUAUUUUUCCUCUGCUUCUGUUUGUUUCUCGGGAAAAUUUUAAUUGAUCCUGUUGUGUUUUCCUAUAAUUAAUUAUUCAUGGAAUUAGCAACCACCUCCACCUCUUCUUCUCGAUUUCUCUUCAGAGACCAUUCCACCGCCACCGAUUCCGAUGUCUCCUCCAUCUCAAGCGACGGCGACUACGACGGUGAUGAUGAACCCAAUCUUGCCUCCAUGACUGGAAAAGGGAUUAAACAUCUUUGUUCAGAAUUAUUGGAGUUAAAAUUGGCUUCAGAUGAAGAAUUCAACAAAAACAUUUUUUCAAAUUACUCAGUUUUCAUCAGAAUAUUUGAAGAAGCAAAGCAUUUGGGAACUGAGCUGAAUGAACUGAAAAACAAUAUUUCGAUUCAAAAAAGGUUAAUUAAACAAGUAUUAGAUGUAACAUGUUCAAAGGUUUUAGUCUCAGAAGUAAUAGAACCUUUACUUGAACUAGAUUAUUAUGUGUCUAAUGAACCAUUGGAAGAUCACAUAAACAACAUAUCAGAAACAUUAGACAUUUUAAUUAUAGAAAGAAAGUUUGAUGAAGCCAUUGAAAUUAUAGAAUUAGAGCAACAAAAUCCUGAAAAUGACUCUAUAAUUUCUGAGAGGAAAGUAGCUUUGAGUGUGCAAUUGUCUCUCUUGGCCGAAAACCCGAGAAUCACUGUAUCGGAACUCCACAAGGCACUUUUAAGGCUAUGUAGAUUGGGAGAGAAUCAUCAUGCUAAUGAUUUGAUGUUGAGAUAUUAUCAUCAACAAAUUGAAAAUGAAAUCCAUACUUUGAAGUGUUCAAACUAUUUUUGUAACGAAAUUUACAUAACACAACUUGCAAAAGUUGUGUUUUCUUUGAUUUCACAAUGUGCAACAAGUUUUGUUAUGUUAAAUGGGGAAACUAUGGAUUAUACAACAGAGCUUAUUGAGUGGUCAUUUGAUGAGACAAAAGUUUAUGUUGAUUGUUUCAAUGGAUUUAUAGAGUCCAUUUCGGAAUUGUCAACAAUAGUUGAAGCUGUUCGAGUUUCGGUUAUGUUUUGUUCUUUGUUAGAUGCUCAAAGACUAAUGUUGCUACCGUUCUUGAUUGAUCGAAUUCGGCCUUCGUUGGAAGAUGUUCUGUUUUCGCAAUUUGAACAUUUUGGGAAAGUUAUCGAAAUCUUUACGGCUGUGGAUUGUUGGGAUUUGGAUAGGUAUUUUGUUUGGGAAAUUAUGAAUGGAGAAUGUUGUUCAACAAUUGUUGGGGAAGAAGAAGCUGAAUUUUGUUUGCUUACUAACAGUGGUUGGAAGUUUUUAAGUCUAGUUCAGACAAUUGCAGAAGAUGUUACACCUUUAAUUGCUCUUCAAAUGGAAGAUUCAAUCUUUUCUGGACUCACAAACCUAUUCAAUGGUUAUGUUGUCAUCCUUGAAAGAGCCCUCAUCUAUGAAAAAGAUGUCAUUGAAAAUAGUGUUCCAUUUACCAACUUUGGUGUAUCACUCCAACAACAGAUUUCUAUUCUAACCAAUCUGUCAUCACUUCAAAUACUACUCCCAAAAAUAGUUAGAGCCAUUUAUGAAGGCAUUAGUUCUGAUGAUAUGAAUGAACAAAUUAUUAGUGUUCAAGAGAAGGGUUAUGAUAGAUUUACAUUGUUCACUCAAGAAGCUUCAAAUCAGCUGAGAAGUCAAUUUUGUCACCAAUUUAUACAGAGAAUUAUGUCCUUUGAAAUGGACUACAAAAAACUUAUUGUUGAAAAUAGGAGUGAUGGAAUGCCCUCUCUCAAAUUACAGGUAUUAUUUUCUCAACUGAGAAAACUAGAAAGACUAGUCGAAGACUCUAUUUUUGAAAAGGAAUGGUUACUUGAAUUAUUGAGGGAACUUGUAGAAACCACAUUCAUUCAUAUUUCAACCAAAAGAGAUAUGUGGGCUAUUUCUGAGGAGACUUCAACUCAAGAAAAUUCAGUUAAUUACAAACAGUUUGUUAUGGACUUUGCAUUUUUAGCUGAGAUUUCGAAACUUGGAGGAUAUUUCUCGAGCGAACCUUCGGCUCUUGCAGAUCUCGUGAAAUCAACUUAUGUUUCCGUAGGCUUGAAUCCCGAAAGAGAUGACAAUGAGAAUGAUAAUGAACUAGAUUCAAUGAUAAAUGAUGUGAUCAAGAAGCUAAUUGAGAUUGAGAACACACCUCUAACAAUACCAAAUGAAGAGUCUAAAACCAUUCUCACCGAGGACGCUUAUAGAAACCGAUCAAAAUUGGAGACAAAUAAUUCAACAAACUUGAGCCCUCGAUUCGAAUCAGGAGCAACACUUGGUGAUUUUCUGGAAGUGACAAGUUUCUCAAGUGAUAUAAGAACAUCAUCAACAACAAUGAACUUGGAAUACUCUUCUAAGAGUUUAGGAGUAAUUGAAUGUGAUCAAAAUCUAAAAUGUGAAUCACAUGAAACUAAGGUUAGUACUAAAAGUUAUGAUUUACCACACUUACCAUUGUCUGUUGAUGCUGUUGAGGAAGGUGAUAACAAUGACUUUAGUAAGUAAUUUUUCUCAUUAUGAUUGAUUCUUUGUAAUUUUAGUAGCAAAUUUAAUCAUAAAUAGUUACUACUUUAAUGGUUUA